AUGUAUAAGGUGAUGAGAGUGCGGAGAGUAGAAACAAACAAGAAGUGCCAAAUCCAGGAAUCAUGGAAAGAUGAAAAUUGUCAGAUAGGAGGUCGAAGUUUAGUAGUAAACAAAGAGGGAAAAGACAGGCCCAGCCCUCUGGUCAGUGGCACCAACUUCUCCAAGCUGUUAAAAGAUUUGAGUUACGGAGAGCCUGAAUCCUCUGGAGAGGUGAAAAAGAGGGAGGAAGAAGAAGAUGAUUUCCUGCGUUCUGCUGGGGGCGGGCUGUUUGUGGCCCGUGGAAUUUGCAGCAUAUACAGUAGUGACGAGGAUGAUGAAGACAUUGAGAUGUGUGACCAUGACUAUGAUGGGCUACUUCCCAAGUCUGGAAAGCGUCACUUGGGGAAAACUAGGUGGACCAGGGAAGAGGAUGAAAAACUAAAGAAGCUGGUGGAACAAAAUGGAACAGAUGACUGGAAAGUUAUUGCCAAUUAUCUCCCGAAUCGGACAGAUGUGCAGUGCCAACAUCGAUGGCAGAAAGUUCUAAACCCUGAGCUCAUCAAGGGUCCUUGGACCAAAGAAGAAGACCAGAGAGUGAUAGAGCUUGUACAGAAAUACGGUCCGAAACGUUGGUCUGUUAUUGCCAAGCACUUAAAAGGGAGAAUUGGAAAACAAUGUAGGGAGCGGUGGCAUAACCACUUGAAUCCAGAAGUUAAGAAAACCUCCUGGACAGAAGAGGAAGACAGAAUAAUUUACCAGGCACACAAGAGACUGGGGAACAGAUGGGCGGAAAUCGCAAAGCUACUGCCUGGACGAACUGAUAAUGCUAUCAAGAACCACUGGAAUUCCACAAUGCGUCGGAAGGUGGAACAGGAAGGCUAUCUUCAGGAGUCUCCCAAAGCCAGCCAGCCAACCGUGGCCACAAGCUUCCAGAAGAAUGAUCAUUUGAUGGGUUUUGCUCAUGCCCCACCUUCUUCUCAACUCCCUCCAACUGGCCAGCCCUCGGUUAACAAUGACUAUUCCUAUUACCACCUUUCUGAAGCACAAAAUGUCUCCAGCCACGUUCCAUACCCUGUAGCGUUACAUGUAAACAUAGUCAAUGUCCCUCAGCCAGCCGCAGCAGCCAUUCAGAGACACUAUAAUGAUGAAGACCCUGAAAAAGAAAAGCGAAUAAAGGAAUUAGAGUUGCUCCUAAUGUCCACUGAGAAUGAGCUGAAAGGACAGCAGGCAUUGCCAACACAGAACCACACAUGCAGCUACCCCGGGUGGCACAGCACCUCCAUUGCCGACCACAGCAGACCUCAUGGAGACGGUGCACCUGUUUCCUGUCUGGGAGAGCAUCACUCCACUCCAUCUCUGCCGGUGGAUCCCGGCUCCCUACCUGAAGAAAGUGCCUCACCCGCGAGGUGCAUGAUCGUCCACCAGGGCACCAUUCUGGAUAAUGUUAAGAACCUUUUAGAGUUUGCAGAAACACUCCAGUUUAUAGAUUCUUUCCUAAACACUUCCAGUAGCCAUGAAAACUUAGACUUGGAAGUACCUUCUUUAACUUCUACCCCUCUCAGUGGUCACAGAUUGACUGUUACAACACCAUUCCAUAGAGAGCAGACUGGGAAAACUCAAAAGGAAAACACCAUUUUUAGAACUCCAGCUAUCAAAAGGUCAAUCCUAGAAAGUUCUCCGAGAACUCCUACACCAUUCAAGCAUGCACUUGCAGCUCAAGAAAUUAAAUACGGUCCCCUGAAGAUGCUACCUCAAAUACCCACUCAUCUAGUAGAAGACCUACAGGAUGUGAUCAAACAGGAAUCUGAUGAAUCUGGAAUUGUUGCUGAAUUUCAAGAAAAUGGACCACCCUUACUAAAGAAAAUCAAACAAGAGGUGGAAUCUCCAACUGAUAAAGCAGGUAACUUCUUCUGCUCAAACCACUGGGAAGGGGAGAAUCUUAACACUCAGCUGUUCACACAGGCGUCGCAGGUGACGGAUGCCCCUAAUAUUCUUACAAGCUCUGUGUUAAUGACACCAGUAUCAGAAGAUGAAGACAAUGUUCUGAAAGCAUUUACAGUACCUAAAAACAGGUCCCUGGCGAGUCCCUUGCAGCCUUGUAGUGGAGCCUGGGAGCCUGCAUCCUGUGGGAAGACAGAGGACCAGAUGACGGCUUCCACUCAGACUCGUAAAUAUGUGAACGCAUUCUCAGCCCGAACUCUGGUCAUGUGAGACAUUUCCAGAAAAGCAUUAUGGUUUUCAGAACACUUCAAGUUGACUUGGGAUAUAUCAUUCCUCGACAUGAAACUUUCCAAGACUGGGAGAAGAACCUAUUUUUGUUGUGGUACAACAGUUGAGAGCAGCACCAAGUGCAUUUAGUUGGGUGAAAUCUUUUGGAUUUCACCCAACUAAAAAAGGAUUUUUAAAAAAUAAAUAGCAGUCUUGCCUAAAUUAUUAGGUAAUGAAUUUUGUAACCAGUUGAUAUCUUGAAGCAGAUUUUUAAAAAUAUAUAUAUAAAAUGAUUUAUCUGUAUUUUAGAGGGGCCAACAGAUCAGUAUUUUUUAAAAUUUUACACAAAAAAAGGUACUCCAGUAUUCUACUUUCCUCAAUCACUAAACAUAUGUGCAGAUUUUUAAAAAUCAGUAAAAGCAUUACUAUAAAUGUUGACUAAACACCAUGGAACAAUGAAUGGAGAUUGUAAAUGCUCGUUGAUGGUUAAUAACAUUGGAGGUACAUUUAUUGUACUCAACUAUUUUAUGAGUUUUUUGUUAGCUUGCUUUAAAAAUUAUUACUGUAUGAAAUAGUUUUAUAAAAAAUUAUAUUUUUAUUCAGUAAUUUAAUUUUGUAAAUGCCAAAUAAAAACUGUGUUUUGCUGCUACGGUCUUAGCCUGUAGACAUGCUGCUAGUAUCAGAGGGGCAGUAGAGCUUGGAUGGAAAGAGAGGAAACUUGGUGUUAGGUAAUUGACUAUGCACUAGAAUCUCAGACUUUUUUAUUUUUUAAAAACAUACUUUUUUUUUUCCUUUUGUAAUACAUUGGAAAAGUUGUUUGGGAGAUUUUGC